AUGGUGGCUCUUUCUCCUAGGCUGCUAACGCGUCGUGGAGGGACUGGGAUCAGUAGCAGUAGACUGGCAGUCACUCGUGCUGCUGCUUUUGGCUCCUCUUCGGCCUUUGAUAACGUCUUUGAUGAGCCUCCGGGGGAUAUGGACGAAUACGGUGAGGUCGGCCGAGGCCCAGCAGUGACUUCCGAGAUAAUAAGGCGUGAUAGAGGCGGCAAGUUUGAGAAGGCUUAUCACUUGGGGGCGUUUGCGGACAAGAAAAAGGCGAAAUUAGGGAAGUCGGCAAUAGCCCAGCGUGAUGCGUUCUGGGCUGACAUACGAACGCAGAGUCAGUCGAAGUACGUGAAGGUGACUCAGCUGAAUAAGGAUCGACGGGAGGCCAGGAAGAAGCAUAGGGAGGAGCUGGGCAGUGUAGAGGAGGGGCCACAGGCAACGAAGGCUUUGGAGGAGUUUUUCGAGGAGGGCCAAGUAGCGGAGGACCUGAAAUCUAAGUUUGGCGAAUUACCCCAAGUUGGCUUCGUACCUAUGGCGUCUAUUUCGACACUGGGAGAUCCUCUGGAGAGAACCAUGGAUCGGAAAGAGCCUCCAAGAACAGCAGAUGAGGUUGAGGUCCAGACCAAGAACGAAGUUACUGAAUUCAUGGAAAAGAGCAUGUUGACACCGGAGAAGGGCCGAUUAGAGAGUCUACUGCAGGGAUCCUCAUCGAAUGUGGAGUCUCUGCUCACUUCGAACCCUGAGUGUCUGGCACUGCAGCAUAGAUUGUCAAAGUCCAAGACCAGCGGUCAGGUAUUGGCGCUGGUCGCUGAUGAGCUGGAGAGAAUGGACGGCAUUAACCUCGCAACAGCGUUGCAUCGUGUUGCGAAACAUUCGAAGUCAUAUCAAGUCUCCCAAGUCGCUACUGAUCCACG